UUAUUGCAAUGCCUAUUUUGUUCUUCUAAAUCAUAUUCGCUAUUCUUUCAUGUACUUAUUAUUUAGGUAAUUUACAGUUUCAAGAUUUUUUAAAUAAUCUCAACGAUUAAGAAAAAUGCAUUUAAACAACUUUAAAAUAUCAUUAUAUUAUACUUAGGUGAAGUUGAGUUUAAAUGAUUGGCCAUCAUGCGGCGUGAUUCAAAAACACAAUAAAGUUCUCGAACAUAACCUCAAACGCGGUGUUUUCAUCGUGACGGCGACUGUCGAAGUACACUAAGUGACUAAGUACUUUAUAUAUAUGCGAGCGGCUAGAUUCUGCGUGUUCGUGGCAAAUAUGGCCGGAUUAUCUGCUGGAGUGGAGUGUACUCCAGAUAUGAAAAUGCACUUUUAUUAAUUAUACCAAGAAAAUAAUGAGGUGGCAAGAGAAAGCGCCGACGCUGUCUUAUGAAUUUUCCAUCGGCGAACGUAUCGAAAUCGUCACUAAAUUAUGAAAAGUUUGACAGCUAGGCAUGAAAGAAGAAAGGUAUUGUUGACGCUCUUAUUUGAAGCAGAGCAAGUCAGAGAACAGCCAAGGAUAAAGCAAAGGUUGCAUAAUUCAAGGCUUUGUCUUUCAUAAAAGUCAAUUAUGGCAGGCCCUGUGAGUGUGCCGGAUAAUUUAGUUAAGUGGGAUUUGACAGACGAUCCCUUAGCUCCUUUGACAGCGGAUCAAAAGUUCAAGCUGGCGUUACUUGCAGAUGAGAUCAUUGCUUUGGAUCCAGUGAAUUUAAAACCUUCUAAGGACAAGGCAUUACAGAAUACUAUAUCAACAGAAAGUAGUGUUGAAAAUGCUGCAGAGAGGAUUGAAAGUUAUCAAGAAUUGCUCUUGUGCUAUUCUGCACUUGAGCAAAAACACAUGUCAGCUGAGGAUGUCAAGUAUAUCUCAUAUCUUGGACAAUUGAAAGCCAGGAGAGCAGAAUGUCACGAGUUGUGCAUGGAGAUAGAGCGAGUCCUGGAUGACUUGGCCUUGCUAUCUAAGCAAUACACAUCAGUGUCUGAGAAAACCACUUCCUUACACACAGCCAGUGAGCAGCUAACUUCUGAUCAAGAAAAACUCAUCACGUUUGUUGAGAAAAUAGCUGAACAUAUUAAAUACUUCAAGGAAGUGGAUUUCAUAAUGGAUAAAUUGGAUGCUCCUACUCUCUCAGUCAACAGCGAGAUCUUUUUCAAUCUUUUGAAUAAGAUUGACAAUAAUAUGGAUUUCAUGCAAAACAAUCCCAGUUUCAAAGAGAGCAACACUUAUCUAGUAAAGUACAGACACUGCCAAUCAAAAGCGAUAACUCUCAUUCAGAACUAUAUUUUUAAGCUCUUCACUAGAGCCACAGAAAGCAUUCUUAAUCCUAAAGAUGAAGGUUUACAGAAGAAUCCCGAUGCAGCACUGGCUUUGUUUUAUGGCAGGUUCCAGUCCAUUCUGCCAAAAGCCAAGCCAGUCAUUGAACAAGUUGAAGCCAAAUCUAGCAAACGCCAGGAGUAUGAGAGCUUGCUAUUCGAAUGCCAUCAACACUUCCUAAGCCAUCGAGGUCUCGUUUUAGGUCCCAGUGUACAGAAAGGUCUGCAGUCCAUCAAGAGCAAGUACAACGGGGAUCACUGCAGUCUCGUGCGGCACUCCUGCUCGCUUUUACUGCACGCCUCCAUCGAUGAAUACCGAUUGUUCUAUCAAUUCUUCAGCAAGCCCUCGCCUGCACUAUUGUCCUUCUCAGAGAGCCUCUGCACCUCGCUCUACGACACCCUUAGGCCCUUCAUUAUUCACAUCAACCACCUAGAGACUCUUGCCGAAAUUUGCUGUAUUUUGAGAAUAGAAAUGCUGGAUGAACACGUGCAGAACAACACUGAGCCUCUCCAGGGCUUUGGCAACGUUUGUCUACAACUGCUGCACGACGUCCAGGAAAGACUUGUCUUCAGAGCACACCUGUAUUUACAGUCUGAUGUGGCUGGGUACAAUCCCUCGCCCGGUGAUCUCGCGUAUCCUGAAAAGCUGAAAAUGAUGGAGGACAUCGCCGAAUCCAUCAGAGAAGAUAAUAGGCAGAAAAGCCAAAUGAAAAAAAUUUCGCUUUCUUCUCUAGAGAGCGGCAGCAGCAGUGGCAAUGUCGUCGAGCCCAUUUCAAGGACACACGUUAUGGGAAUAGACCCGAUGUAUCAACGUGGCUCGAAUAUGGGCAACUCGCCAGCAGAUCUACACGGUAUGUGGUAUCCGACCGUCCGUCGCACCCUGGUCUGCCUUUCCCGACUCUACCGUUGCGUUGACCGUCCAGUAUUCCAAUCUCUUAGCCAGGAGGCGAUCACCUACUGCGUACAAAGUAUCGAGGCAGCGCGUGAGCGUAUCCAAAGUCGAGCUACACCUCUGGACGCUGAACUUUUCCAGGUCAAACACCUGCUUAUCCUGCGCGAACAGAUCGCACCUUUCCAAGUCGAUUUCACCGUUAAGGAGUACAGCCUCGAUUUUUCCAAAGUUAAGAGCGCUGCUUUCGGCUUGUUAGAAAAGAGAUCUAGAUUGUUCACUCUGUCGAACAAUGCAUUGUUAGAGUUUUUACUGGAAGGCGCUCCACAGAUGAAGGAACAACUCAUUGACUCGCGCAAGCACGUUGAUGCUAAACUCAAGUCGUCCUGUCAGAGGUUGAUCCAGCACAUUACCAGGUUGCUGAUUGAUCCAGUUGUACUUUUACUUGAGAGAUCUAAGGCUUUACAACAGCAGCAGGCACCUGCGAAAAUUCUGGGCAGCGCUGAAAACGUAGCUGCAGUAGUCAGUGAGGCGUUGCGGCUAAUCAAAUUCAAGCUACCGGCAGUGCAGCAGUCGAUGCAGCUCUACCUAGCGAAUCGCGAAACUGAAUGUAUUCUAUUCCGGCCGAUCAAGAAUAACAUCGUCGCAGCGUUCGCUCAGCUGCAGCAGCUGCUUUCACAGCACUAUUCAGGUGACGAGCUCCUGCUGAUUGCGUGUCCUUUACCCGAGCAGGUCUCGGUCAUGCUCAGCUCCUCUGCUCUGGCACAGGCUAAGGAUCAACAGCAACAGCCUCCAGCAGCGACAGGUUUACCAGAAGCAAAGGAUCAGGUCACGUUGGGAGACUUACAACAAACCAGGCAGCAGAGGUUGUCGAGCGUUGAAACACCACAGGAACUGGUGGCAAAGCAACAAGAUGCUAGGAUCGAAGGACAUAAGUCCGUUGGUGGCAUUGAAAACGUGUAGCUUUUGCGCUUUUUGCGGUUAAGAAACGCGGUGCUAUUGAAAGUAUCAAAGAAAAUACGUGUAAAUAAGGUAUUUGUAGCUUCCGUGCUUCGUCUUGAGGCUAUACUGAAGAUUGUUUAUAAUGAUAUUCUAUUAGACGUUUAUAGCACAGUGUGGCUAAAAUCCGCUGUUAAGUCACGCCUAUCUGUGACUAAAGUAGUCCUUUUUUGCACCGAGUUUAUCACACUCGCUACGCUCGUGCGCUAACCGCACGGUGCAAAUAAGGACUACUUUAGUCACGAAUAGGCGAGACUUGCGGAUUUUAGCAGUCUGUGCUAUAAAAUUUUAUACGAUACUCUUGACUUCAAUGGUUCAGUUUUACACGGCGCUUAGCGCCCUCACUACGCUCGGGUGUUAACUGCGCCGUGUAAAAAAGAACCAUUUAAGUCACACGUAUCGUAAUGUACUAUUAUUUCUUAUUAGGAUAUUUAUAAAAAUGUAUAAUUAAAAUGUGAAGCAGGAGAACUUUUUAAAUUAGUUUUUAUUAUUUAAUGUAACAAGUUAAAGUUCUUUAUACAAGAAACAGUAUUUGUAAAUAAACCAUGUUUACAAAAAAAAAAAAAAAAAAAAAAAAAAAGUUGAAGGUAAAAUUUCUGUAAUAAACAGUUUCUUGUUAUGAAAAUUGGUUCCUACAAUUUUUAUGUUAUUAGGGUAUUUUGGAAUCUCUCUUUACUUUAAAAUAUCUAUAUUUCAUUCCGAUUGUCUCAUUAAACUGCUCCAACUUAAUAAUUAAAAGUGCGAAAAUGUUUUUGUCCUUUUGGUACAAAUGAGAAAAAAACUAAUAAAAUUAAUGACAAAAUAAAAUA